GUACUAUACAAGCGCUUGUUCAAAACGGUGUUUGAAAUUAUAGCGCCAUUUUUUGUUGAUUAAACUGAUGGCAAUGUUUUGCUCAACUAAUGCCAAUGUUUGACUCAACUGAUGCAGACAUAACUGUGCUCUCCGACUUGAAACCAAGUCUAUAAAUCUGAAAUACAAACUUUGCGAUCGAAACAAGUUGGGCAAACAUCCAGAGGAACUUUGACCCUAGUCACGUGGACACGGAUCGUAAUAGUUUUAUAGAUACCGUAUUGAGCAAUGACAUCUGUACGUAGCAGUAUCACAGUGCUCGUCCAAACUAUCAGUUGGUUUUAAAUCAAACCGGAAGGAUUCGACGACACUGUUCAUAUCAAUUCUGUAUACAACCAUUCGGCUCGAAACUUACGCAACUUCUGGCGUCCAGCCCUCUUUUCGAGUAUAAGUAUUUUGUUUACGGAGAGGACGAAGCGAAGAUGCCAUGCAGUUUUCGUAUGUGUCUCCUGCAUCAUGACAAGCUGACUGUCAGUGUUGACAUAAUUCACUCGCUGUAAGCUGGAGCCAGUGUAAGGAGCGCAGAACAGGAGUGAUGUGAUCUGAUUUCUUUGCAUGCAAGAAAUUAGACGAGCUGCUGAGUUCUGUAUUUUGUGGAAGGGGAGCAAUGUGUGAUUGGGGGAGGUUGAUGUAGAGACUGUUAAAGUAAUCGAGUCUACGUCACUACGGCAGUUUUUAUGUAGAAUAUUAAUGGGCAGAUACUGAACUGGUUCCCGGCUCAUCAUACGGGAUUCCAUAACAACGAGUCAUGGGUAACCGUUGCUGCAAUUCGACGAGCGACGAGGAAGGUGACAUCGAACAGCAGGCCAACCAUGAACAGCAGCGUGGACCAAUCAAAUCCGAACAAGCACGCAGUAAUUAUCUCAGAGAAAAACUUAAGGAUAGGGAGGGUGAGCGGAAACCGUUACUGUCUACGACCAACAAAAGAGUCAUUCAGCCAAACAGAGUAGAUGGGAUUGUGGAUCCUCGGCAGGCAGCCCAUCUGAGAGGAGAAAAGUUACGUGAAGCAGAACAAGCGACCGAAGAUAUGAACAAAGCUGCAGGAAAUUGGGCAAAGGCAGCCGCCAUGUUGAAGACGUUAUGACGUCACUAACGUUGACCAAUUGGGGGCGUCCUUGCUUGGACCUGAAACUUUUGCUUGUUGGCGUAUGUUUUUGUGUGCGUAUUUUUACACCAUAAUGCAAGUGUUGCUUGUAGGCAUACAGGACGUCAAAUCCCAAUGCGGAUUUACAAUAUAUAAACAAUUCUCCAUCUAUGAGAUUGGCAGGGUUCUUCGGGAUGGGUCAUAUGCAUUGAUGUCGAAACAUGGAAACGCCCAGCUGUGAACGCGCAUCGCACAAAGGAUGAGCCAAUGGGCAAUGGACAACUUUCUUUUAACCUUAGCCCAUGACACCCUACUGAAUGACAUUAUGAGCAAAAUGCCAACUUCGAACUCUGGCGGGAGAAUUUCAAUAUGACUGAUGAUUCAAACUUUUGCAUGCACUAUGUCUCCUUCUCGCACUGCGGUUGAACUAGUCAUAGGGAAAUGACUGAAGUUGGACUUGGACACGGUCUUGCUAUGUUUAAAAUUCGAAAUUUGAUUUCUCUUUUUGGCGUAGAGAGGGUACUCCACAGAUGUUUUCAAACUUUCAAAACCGCAUGCAUUAAGUGUUUCCUCAGGAUCAUGACCUGACGAGGAUUUCGCUCCGUAUAGGAGCAUAAUUAUUUUUAGGAUCAGCUGAUUGAUAAAGCACGGGCUUUUCACUGCUCAAACUAAACCUUCUAUUGUGAAGAAAAUACGUUUUUGAUAUGAAAAACUAAGGGGAUUUGCUAAAAAAUAACACUUAUAAACGAUUUCUCAACA